GAUGGGAUUGAAUAACACCGGUGUCGGUCUGAAACGAUCUGUGAACGGAACCUAUUUUGCACAAUGCCUACCUACGAGCUAUCGGUUAUAUUGCGACAAAUGUCUAGGCCCGACAUGGUUGCCACAUUGAAACGGACCGCGACAGCUAUCUUCGACAAAGGCGGUAUAAUUCGUAAGUUGGAUAAUUUGGGCACCAAACCGCUACCGUUCAAAACUAGUGCGCACGGUGUAGUUCAUCGGACGGGUUCAUACUUCGUGUUCAAAUUCGACACACCACCCGCCGCAAUCGAUGACCUGGACGAAGAGUAUGGACGGGAUGUUGACAUCGUACGGAAGCGUAUCUACCGGGCGGAUGUGUCGCAACAGGAAGAGAUCACCUGCACGUUACACGACGAGAUGCUACCACCGGCGUACCGCGAGGACGUACAAAAGAUGAUCGCGACGGCCGAACGUAACAAGACUAAAAAGGUGUUCCAGUACAACACGGGGCUGGAUUAUUAUCCGUUCCAAAAGUAAAGCGUGGAAUAGAACGAGUGUGACUGCACCAGUUCGUUUAUCGAUCUUUAGUAAUAUAAUUAACUGUUAAAUAA